CGUAGUCGCGCACUUCAGUUUCUAGAAUGUUCAUGAACACGAGUGAAGAGGGAGAAGGUUCGGGGUCCAGGCGACCGGAGAUAUCUCAGAGUUCAGGGAAGAAACGAAACGAAAAUGGUUUACAGUCAGGCUUUGGUGUUCGGUUACGGAUUGGCGAGUGGAGCUGACCAGGAUAACCUACCUGGGAAGUGGAGGAAGGUGCUGCAGCGCUUCAGAGCCGGGAAGGAAGACGCUGGACGCCUGAAGAAAGCGAGCAGCUCCACUAGUCUGGAGUCAGAGUGCAGUCUAGAGGACGAUGACCUGGAAGCGAGUAUCCAGCUACAGCAGCAGGAUUUGGCUGCACGCAUUGAAAAGUGUCUCGUGAUGGCGAAAGCAGCGAGUCUGCAGUGCAGCGAGCUGCUGGUGCCGACUCGCAUGAGCAUGCGUGUAGCCAGGGACGUCCUCCGUGCUUCAGAGCACGAGCCGUGCGGUUUAAGAGGAGCGCUCAUUCACCUGUUCACAGAGACGCAGUUGGGUUUGCAGAAAGCGGGCACGGUGACGCUGGAGCACGACCUCACGCCCACCUUCGAGCUGUCAGUGGUCUUCAGAGCCGAGCUGCAGCGCUGGCCACAGUUAAAGCAGCUGUUCGGGUCUGAGAGAGUCCUGCGGCUUCGACCCGAGUAUCGGCUCAUCAAAAGAAAGCUUUACUCGUCCGCCAGUCCUACAGUGAUUGAGUUUUAAAGGCAGGGAGGAAGAAGAGGAGGAUCAGGAAGAUCUGUAUCACUGCAUGUGUUAAAGAAAACUGUCACUAGCCAAUUUGCACAUUGCUCUUAUGUUUAUUUAUUAAUUACCUUUACUACUGAAGAUACAUGUUAAACUUGUUACUGCUGAACUGCUACCUUUUGCACACUACUGCACUGUUUACACUGCGUACAGAUGUUAUGAGUGUUAUUUACCUUUAAGGAAUGUGUUUUUGGGCUGCUUGAGGUGCGUUUGUGAUUGUUUUCUGAGGGGGGGAAAUGUCUCCCGGAAAAACACUCUUAUCUGUGUUUUAUAUAACAGGUGUUUUAUCUUUGUGUAACUAUUUAGAAAAACUGUAAUUUGUGAUUUUUUUUUUUUUUUCCUUAUGUUCUCAAAUGUUAUAUGAGCAUAAGCACAUUUUAUCCUUUAUUGUCUCAGGACUAAAGAAAAAUAAAAUAUUUGCACUGUUUUUAAAUGA